AUGGUGGUGUUGAUGCGAUUCUUGAAUGUCCAUGGGCGUCAAAAAUGGGAUCGGCGCUAUAGCUUGGGCGGGAUGCGGCCGCGCCAGGAACCCCACGUCGGAUAUACUGUGGAGCUCCAAGUCAAGACAUCAUUAUUCCACGCGCGCACGACCAAGAGUUCCUGGAAACCCUCCCAAUCGCCAAGGAUGAGCGGUGUUAUUGAGGCUCUCCAUAUCUUUGAAGAUCACCACCGUCCCCUCCUCUCGCAUACCUACACUGGUCGCCCACUCUCGCCCUCACAGUUGCUUCCUCUAUAUCUUGCACAUCCCGAACCUCGACCAUCACUAAUAUACCUACCAAAUAUAAACCCCCCCACGCUACUUUUCAAUCUGUCACAUGCGAACCUACUCUUCCUCCUCACAACCUCGUCCGAGAUCGAACCUCUCCUCGCCCUCGAGUUUCUACACCGGGUCAUAGACGUGUUUGAAGAAUUUCUAGGGACGCCAGUAUUGGCAAGCAAGUUAGAAAGCAGCUAUGAUAUUGUUGCGCAGCUUCUCAACGAGAUGUGCGACACUGGCGUGGUGUCGACCACAGAGGGGAAUGCGCUCCGGGAUCUCGUGGAAGUAGAAGGUUGGAUCGGCAAGUUCCUUGGUGGCAUAAAUCUUCCAGGUAAUGCGCCAUUUUCUUCGAAUACCCCGACUCAGAUGCCAGGAAUGUCCUCUCUCGGUCCUACCUCUACCCCAGCACUUCCCUGGCGGCGAGCAAACGUCAAACACACAUCCAACGAACUCUACGUCGAUAUAGUGGAAACUUUGUCUGUGAUAAUAGCGCCAUCUGGGCGACCCCUUUCAGCCUUCGCCACAGGAUCGAUCGCAUUUACUGCCAAGGUCUCUGGCGUGCCGGAUGUCCUCUUGUCACUCUCUUCACCCUCUGGCAGGCACAAUAUCGAUAGCACAAUGGAACUGCCAGUCUUUCACCCGUGCGUAAGAUUAGCACAUUGGAGAAGCAACCCAGGCGAACUGAGCUUCGUCCCCCCAGAUGGGAGGUUUAUCCUCGCGGGGUACGAAGUUAACCUCCUUCCUCUGCCUACGAGUUCCCUCACCAGCUCCUCAAGUAACACCAGCCUCAAACUCCCUGUCUCCAUUGAAGUCAAGACAUCCCUUGGACCGACUGGCUCGGAAUUCGAAGUACGGCUGCUACUUUCUCCGCCAUCAGGGCCUGGUCAGAGCAACUCAUCCGUCUCCUCAUUGGGAGCAAGGUCCUCCCGCCUCGGCGGAUCAACAUCCGGUUCGGCCUUUGGCAGUGGCGGGAGCACACCGAAAUCGAACUUGGAGGGUUUGACACUCACGGUGCCUAUUCCAGCCGAUGUACGGAAUUUGAGCGAGAUCAGGGCAUCCAGGGGCGAUACCACGUAUUCACCUGGUGCUAAGACAUUGGGGUGGCAUAUCCCGAUCAAGGAGGCUGGUGCAGGAACGGUCACCUUGCGUUGUUCUGUGAUAGGAAAUUUUGACGACGACGACGAGGGAAGCAGUAAUGCGUUUACAUUUGAGCAAUAUGACGAAACGGAGGGGUACCAAGCUGCAGGUGCACCCUCGCUAAAGGCCGGCGAAGUGGAGGCCGAGAAAGCUAAAGAGAAGGAUGAUAAGGUAGUGGCGAGGAAUAAGCUGCUUAUGCCAACAAGUGCGAGGGUUAGUUUUGGGAUUAAGGGGUGGUUGGCGAGCGGCCUGAAAGUCGAUAGUCUGGUUAUUGAUUCAAGGAAGAGCAGGGGUUUAGGUGAUGGAGUAAAGCCGUACAAAGGGGUUAAAUAUCUCUCCGUGAGCAGAGGUGGAGUUGAAGUCCGCUGUUAGAUUUGAGCGGGAAGGGCAUACGACGGAUAGCAUGGCGUUGCUUGGAGUUAAUGAUUGAUGCGGAGUCUGGAUGAACGCAUCAUUUGGCGGCACUGAUGUCAUAUAUGGGCAUUAGAUGGAUAGGACCAAAAGUUGAAAACUGGUUAAAUACAUGGGCUUUUAUAUCCACAGAAAAUGGCAACUUUGGCGACGGUAAAACCUAAUGCCUCACGAUUCCCCGAGAUGUAUUUCCUGUAUGGCGACACCUCUUACCACAUAACGAUAUAGAAUAUCAUCA